CCCACUCAUUAUCAUGUUUUAUAUCCCCCUGCACUCAGACAGCAUCAUGGCAAAGUAGCUCCAUCCUCCACUUCAGCAGGGAGGUGAAGCAGCUUCUCGGAGCAGGUGUCAGCAAAGUCCCCACAACACUGGACUAGAGAGGAAGAAAGGAACUUUAUUUUUGUUUUAUUAUUUCCCUCUUUCCUCACCUUCUUAUUUUUUCCUCCCCUCUCUGCUGUAGCGCGCACCCAGCAGGCCUAUGUUGUGUUUUUAAUGUUCUCUAAAAUGGUAUCCAAGCUGACAUCCCUGCAGCAGGAGCUCCUCAGCGCCCUGCUGGACUCAGGAGUUACCAAAGAUGUUCUGAUCCAGGCCCUGGAUGAUAUGGACCCCAGCCCGUCGGGCUUUGGAGUAAAACUGGAGAACCUGCCCCUGUCACCAGCUCCCCCUCAAAGCGGCAAGAUGAACGGAGCGGACGCUGACUCGAAGCCCGUCUUCCACACGCUCACCAACGGCCACAGCAAGGGCAAGCUGUCCGGGGACGAGGGCUCCGAGGACGGGGACGACUACGACACACCGCCGAUACUCAAGGAGCUCCAGUCGCUUAACACGGAGGAGGCCGCCGAGCAGAGGGCCGAGGUGGAGCGCAUGUUGGCAGAGGAUCCAUGGCGUGCUGCCCGCAUGAUCAAAGGUUACAUGCAGCAGCACAACAUCCCCCAACGGGAGGUGGUGGACGUCACGGGGCUGAACCAGUCUCACCUCUCCCAGCACCUCAACAAAGGCACGCCCAUGAAAACACAGAAGCGAGCGGCCCUCUACACCUGGUAUGUCAGGAAACAGCGGGAAAUUCUCCGACAGUUCAACCAGGCAGUUCAUGGUUCUGGCAGCAAUAUGACAGACAAAGGCAAUCAGGAUCCGGUGUUUUUUUUCCCAGAGUUCAACCCGUCCGGUCAGACCAUGGGUCAGCCUGGUGACGAGGUCGGCAGCGAACCCUCCAGCAAGAAAAUGAGACGUAACCGUUUCAAAUGGGGGCCUGCGUCCCAGCAAAUCCUGUAUCAGGCCUACGAACGGCAGAAGAACCCCAGCAAGGAGGAGCGGGAAGCCUUGGUAGAAGAGUGCAACAGAGCCGAGUGUCUUCAGAGAGGCGUCUCCCCAUCCAAAGCUCAGGGCCUCGGCUCUAAUCUGGUCACUGAAGUGCGAGUCUAUAACUGGUUUGCCAACCGGCGUAAAGAGGAAGCUUUCAGGCAGAAGUUGGCCAUGGAUGCCAUCACUGUGCCGCCCCACAGCAUGAACCCUCUGCUGUCGCACAGCUCGCCACAUCAUACCAGCGCUUCACCUCCCAUGCGUUACAGCCAAGGCCCCGGUGAGGUUACCUCCUCCACAACCAUCAAUCACCACAGUAGCAACGCCAUGUCGUCGAGCCAGUCAGUACUCCAGCAGGUGUCUCCGGGAGGAUUGGACCACAGCCACAGUCUGCUGUCACCUGAGACUAAGAUGAUUUCAGGUUCAGGUGGAGGACUUCCCCCAGUCAGCACAUUGACCAACAUCCACAGUUCCCAUCACAGCCAUCAGCAGACACAGAACCUCAUCAUGCCUCUAUCUGGAGUCAUGGCCAUAGCACAGAGUUUAAACACGUCGCAGUCUCAGUCGGUGCCAGUGAUCAACAGUGUGGCUGGCAGCCUUGCAGCGCUGCAGCCAGUGCAGUUUUCCCAGCAGCUCCACAGCCCGCACCAACAGAGCCUGAUGCAGCAGUCCCCGAGCCACAUGAGCCAGCAGCCGUUCAUGGCUACCGUCGCACACUCGCACAUGUAUUCUCACAAGCAAGAGCCCCCGCAAUAUACCCACCCGUCACGUUUCCCCAUGGUGGUCACAGACGCCAACAGCCUCAGCACCCUCAGCUCCAUGUCCUCGGGCAAGACGGACGCUCCUGUAAACAAGAUGGUGCAACUCGGGGGUCUCUCCUGGUGUCCUCUUCAAGCUUGGUGAGAGCGUCCACCUGACUUCCUCGGUGCCCAGCAACCGGAGCACAUUUUUCCACCCUCUCACCGUGGUCACCAUGACAACUCUUAAUAACCGGCAAACGGCGCGGCUGGAUGAUGAGUCAGUCAACAAACGAGAGGAGUGACGACUGGUGGGCCAGGCUGUGAAUGAUGAGAAAUGGGGGACAGAGGGAAAAAAAAAAAAGAAAAGAAAAAGAAAAAGAAACUCACUGCACCUGAAAGUGAGGAGACUGGAUUCCCCUCGGUCGCACACAAAUGAUCAACAAGGAUGUAUGAUUUUAACGCAAUCUUUGAAAACAGUAUUCAGUAUUUUUUAUGCCCCUUUUCAAAAAAAAAAGAAGAAAAAAGUCAUCCUCUUUUCUGACAUUACAAAGGAACAAAAACCAAGCACCCAAAAACUGCUCAUAAACUGCGAUACGGACGUAAAUGAAGGCUCUGGGACGACUUAUAUUACACUGUGAUUUAAGGUGGAAAUAUGAAGACACGCUGAAACUUUCAGAGACAGUGAUCAGCCUCUGUGAAGGCUGAAAAGACUCAAUGAAGGCGAUUCAGUCCCAGGAUGCCUUUCGACAGCUACACAAAUCGCCUUUGCACGUGAGCAGAACUGUGUGACAAUCACAUUAACCUGUAUUGAUCUUCUUACUGGGCUUUAAAGGAGUCUUCCAUGUUAUUAUUUCACACUCAGUUUACUGUACUAACAUUGGUGCAGACGAUGAAUGCCCUGUCUGUCGUUCGAGGGAUUCAUCAUUUUCGAGUUGUUCAUUGUGUAUACUGUGAUUGAAAAGACUUUGACAAUCUUGAAAGGACUAUGCAAUGCGUCUAUAGGUGUAUGCAAUGCUUUGUGUAACUGGAUUCUGCACAGAACUCCACACACUUGAAACCGGGAAUGAAUAUGCACUAUCAGUGAAGUCACCAGCAAUUAUUAUGUACUGGAGUUGCUGCCUGUAAAAUAACACAAAAAAGCAGAUAGAUGUGUGACAAAUAUGCUAAAGCGUUAAGAGUGUAGUUGAGUAUGGCUUGUAUUUGUCAUCAAGUCUCAAAAGUUAGCCCGCAGUAUCUAUAAACCAGAUCUGCCCUGGGGGACUGACUCACACGCUUUAAAUGUGGCCCUUCCCCUCCAUGUUGUUUGCACACAGGUUCAGGUGAAUUUCAGGAAUGGGACUCACCCUCCUCCUCCCUCUCCCACUUCCUGCUGCAAUGUGAAGAGAUACCAGAAUAGGACAAAUAUUGUUAAUAACUCCUCCAUCAUAAAUCAUGGCGCAAGACCCCCCACCGGUGUAGAAUGAAAAUAUUGACAAGUAUUCAGAAACAAAACAUCUUUGGCUGGUAUUUUGUGAAGGAGAGAGACAUGAGAGAGGAUAAUGUUGUGACAGCCGGUGCUCUAAUCACGAAGGAAUCCACAGAGACUGAGAAAUGUUGGGGAGAGGAGCAGCUGCUGGGUACAGAUGCCCAGGCGAACUCUACUUAGCUGCACUUGGCAAACUGUCGCCUUGCGUGUUCGCGCGACGCCGAGCGUUGGACCUGUUUGUUCACAGCGAACAGCGAGCGUUACAUCCGUACAGAGGUUAGCUGUAAGCCCUCUGUGUAACUCCGGUUAUAUUAUUUUCCUCAAGUCUCUCUCCAUUUUUCCCUCUCUGUACAUUUAUGAAACGGAUUCUCUAACUGGGCAAAUUCACCUCCAAUUGUUUAUUUUCCAUUGACUUCUGUCCCAGUUUAGCUAUAGCUGGACGAGGAUAAGGUCAAUAAUAAUAAUACAUUUUCCUUACUACCCAUGUUUUUAUGAGAAAAAAAAGGCCAUUUUGACUAUCAAACCCUGCAUGUUAUAAGUGUGUCAGAUCCAGUCUCCUGUUCAAUAUUAGGUCAUUACAUUGUUAUUAUAAUGUUGGUUGGUUUGUGACUGUUAUAGGCACAUCUACUGCCAUCUGAUCAGAGGGCACUCAUACUUGUGUGACAGGGCAUGAUUUUUCUUUCCUCCUAAUGUAUUAUUUUUGUAUAAAAUUGAAAUCAAUCAUAAAUCAUUAUUUAUACUUUCUGAGAAAAUAUUGAAGUAAAAGUUGUUUUUUUUCCAAAAUGAA